CUCUCCUGGCUUGACUGGCACAGGGAGCCUUGGCUAGAGGAGGCAGCACAGUGGAAGGUCAGAAGAGUGGACACUGGCAAGAGGAGGGCAACCUCUUUCCUGGCCCCUCAGACACCAUGGACAGCUCCCGUUAACGAAGACACCUCUCCACCCUUCGGGCCUUGGGACUCCUAUGCCCCCUUCCUGUCAAAUUGGGAUUUCAUUCACUAUUCUCCAAGGGACACUGAAGUACACCCUAGUUCCAGUGUUGGGACCAGUAGCUCCUCUGGACAUGACUCUUCUGGAAGGUGCCGUGGGGUUGGAGGACCUGGUGCUCCUGGAACCCUUGGAGCAGGAGGCUCUUCUCAAGACCCUCGAGCUGCGCUAUGAGAAGAAGGAGAUUUAUACCUACAUUGGGAAUGUGUUGAUCUCCGUGAAUCCCUACCAACAGCUGCCCAUCUAUGGCCCGGAGUUCAUUGCCAAAUACCGGGACUAUACCUUCUAUGAGCUGAAGCCCCAUAUCUAUGCUUUGGCAAACAUGGCGUACCAGUCACUAAGGGACCGAGACCGAGACCAGUGCAUCCUCAUAACGGGCGAGAGCGGAGCCGGCAAGACUGAGGCUAGUAAGCUGGUGAUGUCUUAUGUGGCCGCUGUCUGUGGGAAAGGAGAGCAGGUGAACUCUGUGAAGGAGCAGCUGCUUCAGUCAAACCCAGUGCUGGAGGCUUUUGGCAAUGCCAAGACCAUCCGCAACAACAACUCCUCUCGAUUUGGAAAAUACAUGGACAUUGAGUUCGACUUCAAGGGGUCCCCCCUCGGUGGCGUCAUCACAAACUAUCUGCUGGAGAAAUCCCGAGUGGUGAAGCAGCUUGAAGGAGAAAGGAACUUCCACAUCUUCUAUCAGUUGCUGGCCGGUGCAGAAGCCCACCUGCUGAAGGCCCUGAAGCUUGAGCGGGACGCAAGUGGCUAUGCCUUCCUAAACCAGAAAGUGUCCAGAGUUGACGGCAUGGACGACGCCUCCAACUUCAAGGCUGUACAGAGUGCAAUGACUGUGAUUGGUUUCUCGGAGGAGGAGAUUCAACAGGUGCUCGAGGUGACGGCCCUCGUGCUGAAGCUGGGGAACGUGGAGCUGGCAGACGAGUUCCAGGCCAAUGGGAUAUCAGCAAGUGGCAUCCGGGAUGGGAGAGGUAUUCAGGAGAUUGGGGAAAUGAUAGGUUUGAAUUCAGAGGAACUAGAGAAAGCUUUGUGCUCAAGGACCAUGAAAACAGCCAAAGAAAAGGUGGUCACUGCACUGAAUGUCAUUCAGGCUCAGUAUGCUCGCGAUGCUCUGGCCAAGAACAUCUACAACCGCCUUUUCAACUGGAUAGUGAAUCGAAUCAAUGAGAGUAUCAAGGUGGGCACUGGGGAGAAGAAGAAGGUAAUGGGGGUCCUGGAUAUCUACGGCUUUGAAAUUCUAGAGGAUAAUAGCUUUGAGCAGUUUGUGAUCAACUAUUGCAACGAGAAGCUGCAACAGGUGUUCAUCGAGGUGACGCUGAAAGAGGAGCAAGAAGAAUAUGAGAGAGAGGCCCUGGCCGAUGUCACGGUCCCCUUUUGUGGCACCCUCAUCCCAGAUUUCCUCCCCAGAAGUGCCCCAUGGCUCAACAUUUCCACACUCCUUCCCCUGUUUGGCGAGAACCCUUGUUUCUAUGGCUAG